UAUCAAUCUGCAAUUGCUGCAAGGAAUGUGUACAGAGUGUUGCAUCGUAGUGCUUAAUUGCAAUUUGCUAGCAACGGUUGUGUCCCAGUUUCCCAAUCAAAACUAUUGGAUGUGUUAAAACCACUCGUAGGACUACCGAACAUGGCACUGGUUCUGAAAUCUCUGUAUCAACAUUACAAUUAUUACUACCACGAUGCCCAAGAUCCUCGAACAACCGAUUUGGUGUUGAUGAAUCCUCCUUGGAUGCCACUAGCUCUGAUCGCUAGUUACAUGUACUUUGUUCAGAGUUUGGGACCGAGAUUAAUGGCGAACCGAAAGGCUUUCGAGCUUCGACAAACGCUGUUAAUGUACAACAUACUACAAGUGAUCCUCAACAUAUACUUAGCGUAUGCCGGCACUAAAUUGAUGAUUGAAAAACGUGUAUCCUUGCUCUGCGAGCCAGUAGAUCGAUCGCUCAGUGAAACGGCUGUGAAGGAAGUUCAACUAGUGCAUUAUUACUAUCUGCUCAAAGUGCUGGAUUUAGUCGAUACUGUAUUCUUCGUACUUCGCAAAAAACAAAGUCACGUUUCGUUUCUACACGUGUACCAUCAUGCGGGAAUGGCGCUGGUUCCGUUCUUCUACGCCCGAAUAUAUCCCGGCGGACACGGAUCAAUGCUGGGCGUUAUCAACGUGUACGUCCAUGCGGCAAUGUAUUUUUACUUCUUUUUGACUGUUUACCGGCCUGAGUUGACUAAAAACGCCCGUUGGAAGAAAUAUAUCACUGUUUUGCAGAUGGUGCAAUUCGCCGUGCUGGCGGUUUACUUCGGGUUGCCGGUACUACUAAAUUACGAGUGUGGCAUACCCAACUUCUGGUUUUGCGGUGUUUUGAUACAGUGUCUUUUCAUGCUAGCUAUGUUUGGCGACUUCUAUCGGAAGGCCUAUGGACGUAAGAAGGAAAAGUAGAAUAAAACAAUAAAGAUUGGUUUCGACAUGUUAGGCAUUUUAAAAUAAAUUUUGCUUUUUAUGAACAUACUA